AUGGCCAGUAGGGAAGAUGAGCCGAGGAACUGUGUGGUAUGUGGGGACCGAGCCACAGGCUAUCACUUCCAUGCCCUGACUUGUGAGGGCUGCAAGGGUUUCUUCAGACGAACAGUCAACAAAAACACCACUCUCUCUUGCCCCUUUGCUGGAAGCUGUAAGGUCAACAAGGCCCAGAGGCGCCACUGCCCAGCCUGCCGGUUGCAGAAGUGCCUAAAUGCUGGCAUGAAGAAGGAUAUGAUCCUGUCGGCAGAAGCCCUGGCGUUGCGGCGAGCAAAGCAGGCUGAGCGGCGGGCACAACAGGCACCUGUGCAGCUGAGUAAGGAGCAGAAAGCCCUGGUCCAGACUCUCCUGGGGGCCCACACGCGCCACAUGGGCACCAUGUUUGACCAGUUUGUGCAGUUCAGGCCUCCAGCUCAUCUGUUCGUCCAUCAGCAGCCCUUGCACACCCUGGGCCCGGUACUCCCCCUGCUUGCACACUUUGCAGACAUCAACACUUUCAUGGUCAAGCAAGUUAUCAAGUUCACCAAGGACCUGCCCCUCUUCCGGUCCCUGCCCAUAGAGGACCAGAUCUCCCUCCUCAAGGGGGCAGCUGUAGAAAUCUGUCACAUCGCACUCAAUACCACUUUCUGCCUCCAAACUCAGAACUUCCUCUGUGGGCCUCUUCGCUACACGAUAAAAGACGGAGCUCAUGUGUCUCCCACAGCGGGGUUCCAGGAAGAGUUCCUGGAGUUGCUCUUUCGCUUCCAUGGGACACUGCGGCGGCUGCAGCUGCAGGAGCCCGAAUACGUGCUCAUGGCAGCCAUGUCCCUGUUCUCUCCUGCCCCCACCUUGUCCUUCCCACUUCCCUAUCUUACAGACCGACCCGGGGUCACCCGGAGAGAAGAGAUUGAUCAGCUACAGGAGGAGAUGGCCCUGACUCUGCAGAGCUACAUCAGAGGCCAGCCGCCCAGGCCCCGGAACCGGUUUCUGUAUGCGAAACUGUUGGGCCUGCUGGCUGAGCUCCGGAGCAUCAAUAAUGCAUAUGGGUACCAGAUCCAGCACAUCCAGGGGCUGUCUGCUAUGAUGCCACUGCUCCAGGAGAUCUGCAGCUGAGGCCUGACUGUUCAUCCCCAGCCCAUCUGGACACAACAGACUGGAACAGGGAAGAUGCUGGGGCCAGAGGUUGAGACCAGCAGGAAGGGAGCCUGGGGUUGCAAUGAAAAAAAGACUAAAGCAAUAACUGCCUC